CUUAAAUCCACCGCACUCUUCUUCCCCCAUCCCUGCCAUGCACCGAAUCCACUCUCAUUUACCGGCCGCAGUCGCCAAGCCGGCCAGCGACUUUCUCUCUCACUCGCCAAGACGAUCUGCGAGUUUGCUCUUCAGUCGUGCGAAUCAAUCGCUGUAGAUGCUCCUCGUGUUCUGUGCGAUCCUGCUAUACUCUCCCGCCAUAGCCGUGGCUUCUCAUUGCGUCUAAUCUCAAGAAGAGUAUAGAAAGGUAUUCGUCGGUAGGCUUUUGUCUGAACCGGAGAGUUUCGUUUUCCACAAUUUCUCAAUCAUGUUGGCCAUCACAGCCAUCACGCUCAUUUCCUUGGCUUCGGUCACUUGCGCUCUCUCAUUGAAUAAUGUAGUACCUCGUGCCACCGAGACCGCGGCAUCGUCGCCAGUCAACGUCACUACCUGCAAUGGACAGGAAUACGUCUACCAGCAGUUGGCAGGCUAUGGCUACAUCGCCUCGGACGCACGCGACCAGUACGGUGACACGAUCGGUGGCAUCGGCAGCUCCAUUGCCUUUGAUGCCAGCAGCUGGAAGAAGAAAGGAGCGAGCUACACCGGCACGCUCUACGCUCUUCCUGACAGAGGAUGGAAUACACAGGGCACACUCAACUACCAAAACCGGAUUCAAGUGAUUGACGUCACUUUCACUCCCGAUCCAAACGCUACACUCGGCAAUCCGUCCGGUCCAAACCUCGACCUGAAGUACAGCCGCUCAAUCCUGCUCACGGAUCCCAAGGGCGUCCCCACCACUGGAUUGGACGCCAAUAUCCGACAGCCCUACCUUGAAUUCUUCGGACUAACGCUGCCCAGCGUGAACUACACGGGCAAUGGCUAUGGUGGCGCAGGACCUGGUGGCUUUCGGGUUGUGCUUGAUAGUGAAGGCCUGUUUCUUGGAUCCGACGGAACCUUCUGGAUCAGUGACGAGUAUGGUCCUUACAUCUAUCAAUUCAAUAGCAACGGCACCAUGAUCUCCGCUAUCCGCCCCCCCGACGCAUUCAUUCCAUUGAGACGGGGCAAUGAAUCUUUCAGCGCGGAUAGCCCGCCCAUCUACAAUCAAAAUCUCGUUCCCAAGCCGGAAGAUAAUCCGACAGGAAGGAACAACAAUCAAGGCUUCGAAGCUUUGACUACGAACCCUGCCAGAACGAAGCUGUACACGGUGAUACAGAGUGCCUUGAACCAGGACGGCGGUCUAGCCAAAGACGGCAACAGCAACGCUCGCAUGCUCAUCUACGACAUCACCACCAACCCCCCAACCUACGAAGCAGAAUACGUCGUGCCCCUCCCGCACACCAUCCCCGGCAACACCAGCACCAAAAUCGCCGCCCAGAGCGAAAUGCACUACAUCAGCGACACGCAAUUCCUGCUGCUCGCCCGCGACAAGGGCGCCGGUCGAGGACAGUCCUCCACGCAAUCCAUCUACCGUGACAUUGACAUUUUCGACAUCAGCCAGGCGACUAAUGUCAAGGGGAAUGUAUCCGAUUGCUACACGUGCCAGAUUGCGAGUAAGGCGGGUGUGUUGCAUAAGGACGUCAAGCCGGCGCAGUAUUGCCGCUGGCUCGAUUUCAAUGUCAAUAGCCAGCUUCGACGGUUCGGGGUGCAUAAUGGAGGCGUGCAGAAUGCGGGCUUGCUGAAUGAGAAGUGGGAGAGUAUUGCUUUGUUGCCAGUCAAUCCUGGUUCCAAUGAUGAGGAAUACUUUUUGUUCAGUCUCAGUGAUAACGACUUCAUCACGCAGAAUGGGUACUUGAAUUUUGGAAAGUACCAGUACAAGGACGCCAGCGGGUUCAAUCUUUUGAACCAGGCGCUGGUGUUUCAGGUCAAGCUGCCGAAGGGUGCUCAACCUCUUCUGGGGUGAUUGAGGAGUCACGUCGAGGGCGGCAGUCAAGUAGAACGUGUGCAGAUAACCUGAGCGAUGUACAGCCAGCCAGC